GUCUGGCUGACAUUACCUCAUGGUCGCUGUCGUUGGUUCCUGGCCUUGCCGACGACGUCACAUCACUUCUAGUCAUUAUGGCUAGCAGGUCAACUACGCUUUCCCGUCAGUCGCCCAGCCGGAAAGGCCCGGGAGGGCCGCGGCAGUCUGGACUACCUGGGCAGUUGCCCAGUGGCACAGUGUUAUCUGCCUCCAUGCCGGCAGUUCGGACACACACGCCAACGGCUGUCUGCAUGUGUACGGAGCCAGUCAAGGCCUUAUCCUAAUUGUCGCCGUCCGAGCCUCGUUCUUUGCUUCUAUCCUCGCCUGUGUCUCCCAGGCCUUGGGUCGAGACCGCGUUCCAAAAGAGGCGUCAGAUCGGGAUCAGCACCCUUCUUCAAUCCCCCGAUCCUCUUUGGGGACGACGGUGGCGCCAUGUUGAGAUUAUCAGGUCUAGAAUGCCCUGCCCAGAGCGGUGUGACGCCCCUCGAUUUCUCUUGUGGUCGGUGAGCGGACGGAAACUUGCCUGCAAAGCCCAACAUAUUUGGGCCAUAUGUGGCUUGGCCUUUGACACGUGCGUCCCGGAUGCGUGUUUUCUGGCAGAUCCCGACCUUGCUGGAGACACCGCCAGUGGGACAACCGUGCGCAACUAACGCCUCACCCGAAAGGUAAUUGGAUUGGUGGUACGGACCAAGCAGCACGGGAUCGGGGAACAUUCAAUUUUUUUUUUUGGCUUUUUCUCUUUGACUGUUCUCUCCAAUCCCAAACGCAAUCCCGGCAGAGGGAGAUCGGCAUUAUGCCAAGCAAACAGAUGCGUGGUGGGGACCUUGACUCACCUCCAGAGUUGUGUACUUACGAUACUGAAAGUCGACUGUGACAGACGCCAAGAUUUGCCCAACCGCAAAAGAUGCCGAACAUGAGGUCCCUAGAGCGCCUAUCACAUCUUGCCGGGACGCCGUCGGUGCUUUACACCAGCAAGCUUCCCUCAGCCGACGUGUUACCCAACUUCCGGCUAGAGAGUCGCCCCUUUGCGCUCCCAUCGUGUCAUCUCUCUUGCCCGACUGACCAUGCGGAAUCUAUCACCAAUCGCAGCGCCGGGUUCUCUGUCGUCGGGCCCGACGUCACUCAGUCCCCUAGGUGGAGCGGGUGACCUCUGCGCGAAGCAAACGAGGGAUAUAAAGUCAGCUUCGUCAGCCUUGAAAAUCUUGUCCGAUUCCCCUUGAUACUCGACUGAGCCAGACAAACGACCUGGACACAAUUCACAAAGCCACCCAUAUCAAAAAGAUUCAACAAGAGUCGUACGAGUUACACACUACACCAUGUCAGACACAGGACGUCACCGGCGUUCGCCAACACCUUACCCAAGCCGCGGCCACAGCAGGCACUCGCAUCGGCAGUCAAAUGCUUCGCGGCUUUUGAGCAGGCUCAUGGACAAUGCUCUGCACCGAUGUGGCCUAGGCCGUCUAGAGCCGGUGCGCAAAGACGAUGAGAAGGCAGAGACCCGGCGAUCAAGCACGGGCUCGACGCAACCCCUUCGAGAGAAACCGUCCCACGACGCUACGACAACAGGACGCGGAAGCUCAGCCGCCGGCUCACAAGGCCGCGUCGCUGAGGGUCGAUUCCGCCGACUGAUCAGUAGAAUGGUUUCCCGCAUCACGGGCCUCACCUGUGCCAUUUUAGAUCUCGGCCUCAGGAAGCCAUCCCUGUCCCGUCGUCAUCAUCGCGGCCGACGCCGUGGAACGUGGAGAGGCUUCAACUUCGGCCGAGGCUCGAGGAAGCUCGGGAUGAGAUCCGUGUCCCCCCGCAAAAAGGACCGAUAUCCCCGCGCCGACAGCGAGGACUGGAACCCUCCGCAACCCCGCAAACGAAGCGCCCAACCAGACGAUGCCAGCGACAGGAUACGGGGCCGCUCACACGACUCAGCCCCGGUCCACUGUCGACUACAAGAAGACCAACGAGAGAAGCUCCGGGCCGGGUUGGAGGAGCUCCAGGUGGCCAUGCGGUCAGAAAGCGGCCCCCACCGUCCCAGCGACCCCCCGACGGCUGCGGCUAGGGCCAAGUUUGCAGAGCAUGUUGACCGACUAGUGGACGUGGCCUCGGGCGCCGAGGAUCUGAGGCUAUCAGCCCGACACGACACGGCAAGCGACGACGGAAGUGGACGACAAAGAGGGAGGCAAUGGGGACGCAGCGGAUCGAUCAGGUGGGACGACCGGACCACCAUCUCGUCGUCUAGCGAGCGCAGGUAACCGAAGCGCGCAUCCCGCCGAGCUCUCUCAAGGAGAGAACAAGACGAGACGGUCCCCUUGGUGGGAAGAAGCCCAAUUGCGACCACGGGCUGAGACGGGGUCGACGAAUCCCGUUACGAAGAUGGCGCCGUUUGCCCGCCGCCGGAGAAGCGGCUACGUCAUUGGGCCUGAAGCGUGGGCAGAGGGACACCCGAAAGUGGCUCGAUCGUCUCCUGAUUGUCGCUCGGGCCGGGACCGGGGAGAAGUCCUUUUCUGGGUGGGAAGGGAUUGACGCCUUUAGUCCCUGGACCAACCGAUGUCAUGUGGUCCAGCGCCGGCGGGAUAAGAAAAAAAGGCAGGGCGAACCUCAUGGCUGCGACGGAUGCCACGUUUCCCAGAGCGGGGCAAGAUUGCGCAAGAGGUGGAUGGACGAGGGGAGAGGAGAGGAGGGAAGGAGAUAUUCGAUGUGGCUGCUGCCAUUGCCGUGUCUCACGGCUUCGGAUUGCACGGCGUGCUGCUGGGACGGCAUGUAAGAUGGCGAGAUUGACUGCAUCUCCAAGGCCUGUUUGUGUUUGGGCGGGAUUGAUUGAUUGAUUGAUUUCCUGGGGGACUUGUAGGUGUUUUGUGUUUUGGGCUGCGAGGAUUUGGUUGUCGAAUGGGGCACACGGGCACAUCCCUGUUUCCCCGCCGCGCGGCCGCGAGACGCAAAAGACGUGCGACCAACAAUGCGCGCCAAUCCCGAGCAUCGGGCUCCAGGUGGUGCCCAACGGGUUGGUUGUGGAUAGUACUGGGCUUGGGUCUCGGGAGCCAAGAAAAUUGGAUGGGCACAUCCGGCCACUUUUGUCCCUGCUUUCGCUUUCAGCUGCCGAUAUGGAUUCGGUGUUGGCAUCGCAGGGUCAAGGACAGUAGGUAUGGCAGAAAAUGUGAUUAAAAUCUCGUAUGUCAAUUGCAUGGGGAUAGGUAGAUUCAUGGUGUAGAGCCCAACCAACACAAACUGAUACUAAUACAUUAAAACGCC